UCAGAACGCAGCCGUAGUACUGAAUGCACCCAUUGUAUCCAUAACAGGUAUACCUACACUGCGUUCAUACGAUCUUCGAGUAGGAUCAGAACGUGAAUAAUUUCUCUCUUUAGUGAGCACGAAUAGCAACUUUUGCAUUUGCGACGAUUAGCGAUAUUACAGAUUUUAUUACAGUUUAUUACAGUUAUACGUAAGACUCGCACGAUAAACACGCACUUAUGAAUAAUUACAUGAAUAAAUCAUUUGUGUCGCGGAAACCGGCACAUAAGUUAUCCCCACGAUACCGAUCUAUAGUUCUGUGUAAAAUAAGGGAGCGUUUAAAGUUGGCACAUAUUGCAACAUAUAAAAGUGUAGAUGGAAAAUCAAAGAAUAGUGCCAAUUUGCAAAGCUGUGAUUCCCAUAAUUCAUUAACUCCAGAAUGUAGUACCUCUGAAUUUCGUUUUGUUAACAGUGUUCCGCACUUUGCUGAUGUAGAGUAUACUUUUUGCAAUGAUUCCAUGUCAAAUGAUAAUUCUCAUAUAGUACAUAACAGAAACAUUAUUAAUGAUGAUUCUUCUUCAUCGUCUUCAAAUACAUCUGAAUGUGGAACAUUGUUUCAUGACAAUUUUGGCCAAUCAUCCUUUCGUGAACAGCUAGCUUCCUGUUUUGUUGACAACAAUUUUACUCAUGUUUAAGGUAAUAGUGUAUUAUCUCUUCUUAGAACACAUUCAUGCUUCUCUAAUUUGCCCAAAGACACUAGAACACUUCUUAAUACACCAUGCAAUAAUAUUGUUGUGUUAAACGUUGAGCCAGGAGAAUACAUUCACUUUGAUUUCCAAAUAGCUUUAAUUGAAUAUCUUUCAUAUAUGUCCAUGGCAGCAAUUCCUUCACAUAUUGAAUUAGAUAUUCACACAGAUGGGUGUACAUUAGAUAGAGCGGGUAGUGUUCAUCUAUGGCCUAUUCAAUGUAGAAUAGCGAAUGUACAACACGCCAAACCAAUAAUUGUUGGUAUAUACAAAGGUUCACAAAAGCCCCAUAAUCCGAAUAGUUUCUUCGAAGCAUUUAUUACAGAUAUUCUAACAGUUGUGAACAAUGGAGGCAUACAGUUCAAUGGCAGUAAUAUUCCAAUACGACUUAGAUGUUUUAUAGCAGAUGCACCAGCUCGAGCUUUUAUUCUAAAUCAUCGUGGUCAUCUGUCUAAUAAACCAUGCUCAAAAUGCAAAGUUAGUGGAACAAUAAGUGAAGGUCGCAAUGUUUUUAAAGGAAUAAAUCAUUCUGUAAGAAGAGAUGAAGAAUAUGUUGCAGUUGUGGACGAAGAUCAUCAUAAAGAAGGUACAAGUCCAUUAUCAUUAAUUCCUAUAGGAAUGGUUUCACAAGUUCCUUUCGAGUAUAUGCAUUUAGUGUGCUUGGGCAUCAUGAAAAAACUAUUAUCUGCAUGGGUUUCCGGACGAUAUUCACGUGCAUCAAAACUUUCUGCAAAUGCCAUUAGUGUCAUAUAUGAAAGAUUAGAUAAUCUCCAACAAUAUAUUCCCUCUGACUUUGCAAGACGUCCCAGAUCUCUCCAAAUAUAUUUGAAAUAUAAAGCGACAGAGUUCAGGCAGAUUGUGCUUUAUACAGGUCCAGUUAUUAUGUAUGGUGUGUUAGGUACCCAGUUUUAUAAGCAUUUUUUGUUACUACAAGGUGCUAUAAGGGUUCUCGUUUCAAAUUCACCAUCUAAACAACUUCUCAAUUUUGCAGAACUUGCACUGCAAAAAUUUGUUCUUCGUUCAAGUGAUCUCUAUGGUGAUAAUUUUCUUUCUUAUAAUGUGCACAGUCUUCUUCAUAUGACUAACGAUGUCCGGCAGUUAGGAAGUUUAGAUUCUUUUUCUGCUUUCCCAUAUGAAAGCAACAUGUCCAUUUUUAGGAAAUACUGUAGAAAACCGGGUUAGCCACUUCAACAGUUCUUUAAUAGGAUGAAGGAAAUAGAAAUGCAUGGCACAAAGUGCAAUCAGGAAAUAGAUUCGUCAAUUCGUGUAUUUAUGCCACUGAAUAAUGGUGCUACUUUUUCACAGUAUCGUAAGAUACAAUUUAAUCAGAUACUUUUAAGUACAGAUGUACGUGAUAGUUGCUGCAUGUUGCAUGAUGGUUCUAUAUGCAUUGUCUUCAGCAUAUUCGUACAUGAUUCUUCCUAUUACUUGGAAGUAAAGAAAUUUUUAAAAAUAGACGACUUUUACGAUAUUGGUAUACCAUCUUCAUCUAUUCAAGUGUUCAAAUGUAGCAAUUUAUGCAGUGAUUUUCUUUUAGUGAAUGUUAACGAAGUAAAAGUUAAAUGUUUCAGAAUGCCUUUUUGGCACUGCUCUUUAACGGAUGACACUGAAAGUGACGAUUAUGAGGAAAUCCACAGAGAAACAGGCACAUAUAUUGUUGCAACAAUCAUACAUAGUGAAGUGAUUUAGUGUUUUUCCUAUUAGUUAUCAGGAGUUUAAUAUUUACGCAGAGUGAACUGUUUACAGUGUUUCUGUUAAUAAUUUUCUUUUCAAUGCACGUGAAAAAAAUAUUUUAGAAUACAUCGAUGGCGAUACUUUCCGACCAGUCUUAAAAAAUGAAUGUGGAUUAGGCCUAUAGGGGAAACCACAAAAAAAAACGCGCCAAACUAUGUACCGCAAGGUGGUGAGGAAACCAUAGUCUUUGCAAAAAAACUUCACCAAAUGUUGAACGAAUCUCAUAAUGUUGAGUAUAAAGAAUUGGAUAACGUAAUCUUUAUAAUAUCGCAUCUGUACAACUUGGAGGUAAUUUUUUUAAAUAUUAACGACGUAGACCUAUUCUGUGCGACUUCCCAUAAACUCACCAGUGAAAUAUGUAGUUACGUUAUACCUAAUGCCAAACAAAGCAAUGGCUAGACGUAUAGCUGCCUUAUAAUUAUGCAUCGACUUGCAUCGAGGAAACGAGAUAGAUGAUAAUUUGUUACCUAUGAGAAAGAAGCAUUUGAAAAUGAAGCCUAAAGACGCCGAAGUGCCUACUUUGCCGGAUGAAAGGAGGGCGGAUUUUUCGGACCUGGUACAACAGAAGACAAUAUUAUUUUAAAAAGAUAGCUGGGGCAUUGACGGAUUGUAAGCCAAUAGUCGGAGUGCCGUCUUAUCUAUAUUAAUAGGGAAUUAAGUUCUUCUCUACCAGAGGAGUAAAAUACACACGGCAGAUGUACUUAUCCUUCUGAAGAAUCGGCCGUUGGAUUUGACAUAUUCACAUUGGAAAGUAGCUUCUUUUAUUUUGUAUAUCAUUUAAUGUGUAUAACAAUAAAGAUUUUUAUCACAA